CACCGAGACCCUUUCCGGGAGUGGUGGAUGCAUGCCGAUGCAGACGCAAGGUGUUCCGAAGCGUUCAGAAGGCCCAGGGCCUUGCAGGGACGAAGGGAAAUGCACGUGGAGGAAAACGCAUGGAUCAAUAUCCUGUUAUAAAACUCGUGGUGAGAACUUUGAUGGGGCCCCACGACUUGGUUGCUUUACGUAAUGUCGUCCACAUCAUACCAGAAUUCAAGAGAAUCCCCUUAGCAGUGAGCAGAAACAGAGAGGAUAGGAGGUAGUGGUGGCAGUAUAGCGACUUACAUAAGUGCGAUUAUUUGCAUGGGCCCACACCACCACUGCUUACUUACUUACUUACUCUUGCUAAAGUGGAUGUUAUGUAUGAAGGAGGAAGGCUGAUUGAUCACGUUGUUAGUAGUUCUCUCUUUAGAGAAUGGUCGACCGUACCUCUGGAUGGUUAACUUCAUCCCUCGACUGGAUAAACACCAACCGUUUGUCCGAAUUACUAUCUAUUGACGCCUCGCCAGCUGAGGUACUGGAAUGGUGGUCACAAAACGGACUUUGUGGAACGUAGGCUUGCCACGACAUAAACGGUACUGAGUGCUUCGUUGUGGGAUUACAUACUUCAUGGGGACUUGAGUACCCCAAGGAUUCCCAAGAACAGCAUCAUCUUCUUAUUUUGGCGUCGUAGUAUUCCUUUCACAAUUAAGGACCUAAUUGUUGCAAAGUUGUGGACAGUGUUUUUUUACGUUAUAAUUGCAACCGUUUUAUUUUAUCGUUCAACUAAUGUGCUCGAGCUAUAAUGUACCGGAUCACACGGAAAGAUCUACAUACCUGAAGUAAAUAAAAUCAAAGUUGACCAUGAAGUUUUACUCGCAACAAAACUGUACUAUUUUCCGAGUAAUAGUGGUGAAACAUUGUUGUACAAUUUCUACCUGAAACGUGAUAAUUUCCUGUACGGAAUUUGUUCCAAUUCUCAAGGAUAAUAACAAAGACUACGAGGUUGAACCUACAAGUAUUUAAUAGUGGUUUCACGAGAGGGUUUCUAAUUUGCGAUAUUAGGUCGCUUUCUCUCCUUCUUCUUCUGUCACAACGCAGCAACAAUGCUAACCUCGGUUUAGUUAGAUGAACAACUUCAAGAAAUAUUACUAUGCGUGAGAAGAAGAAACGAACUCUGUAACAUGGAAAAAGAAGAAUCGUACAUUAAAACGACAUACAUAUUCUGAAAACGGUGAUAAAAUCGGAUCACCUUAAUAAUUUUCUUAUGUAACAUGUAUUCUCCCAUUUUUGGAUCUUCUUAUAUAUUCUCCUCUUUUAGCAAGAUAACUAACUAACAAUACCUUUUUUAACUGGGACGGUGGUUCAAGUGCCUAAUGGUAAAAAAACUGAAGAGUUUAUCACGUAAGAAGAAAACUUCCGUGAGUUGAAGUGGAAAAAUUUUUAGUUUACGUAACAUUUUUCGCAAACACUUGUUAUAUAACAACGUCGUCAUCUCCUGUGUUGAUUUACUACUCAGCCAAUGUAACCAAGAAAUCUGUGUGACACACUUAUUAGUUGCACAACCAACCUGCAUACUUUUGUGGAACGCAGUAUAGCCACAUUCACUACAUAUGUGUAGCUCAUCACAUAAUUCGCGCAACUUUCACCACCAUACUUUCCCCGUGAUGGAAAACUAAGUCGUCAGCAGUUCUUACUUGUGUGGAAUGUGCAAGAUUAUUUGGUGGUGACCAUCAGUAUUAUUUUAUCGUUUUAGCAAAAGUGAGAGGACGGAAUUUGAAGGAAUUAUUCGACUUGAUCAAUCCAGUGUGAACAUCCAGUGAUACGCGAGCAGCAUGACGGACCUCAACAACGAAGUAGCAAAUACGGCUAUAAUUUUACUAGACUGGACGUUGGCCGUCAAGUCGGUGAGGCCAGCGGAGAAAGUUUUCACCCCAACGACGACUAUAAUGGGGGAGGGUGUGGAUAUUGGUGAUUCGCAUAUUGGUGGUUCGCAAACCAUCACCUGCUUUAUGGAAGCCAUGAGUCUGCUGGUUCAACUGCAUCGUGCGUUGGGACCGAAUAUCGUAUCUGAAGAAAUCAAAAAAUUGGUCGAAGCCUUCACCGGGAAGAUUGUGGACAUGCAUGCAAAGACUGUAUCAGAAACUACGGAGUCUCCUCUUAAAUUGGCAGACUUUUCGUGUCCGAUAUGUUUUGACGUGGUGCAAGAACCGCACACCAUCCUGUGUGGGCACUCUUAUUGCAAGCAGUGUUUGCUGAAGGAAUCGAUAGGACAUCAAUGCAGACUUUGUAGCUACCGCUUUAACGAUGUGGACAUUAAUGACACGAGGCCAAAUGUUCUUCUUAUGUCGAUAACGGACAAAGUCUGGCCAAAUCAAAAGAAGACAAUUUCCCUGAGAAAUGAGGCGAACGAACUGUUCAAACAAGAAAAUAUGAACGUGGCGUUGCUGAGUUAUAAUAGCGCUCUUGAAUUAAGUGCUUACGAUCACUUGUCCUUAUGUAACCGUGCCCACACGCUGUGGGUGCUUGGGAAAUGCAUUGAAGCUCUGGAGGAUGCCGAGUUGGCGAUAAAACAUUGUCCAUUCUGGUUCAAAAGUUAUUUCCGGAAGGCAGCUAUUCUUGACAGUUUGGGUCGUUACGAGGACGCUCUGUGCACUCUAACUCUUUGCAUUUAUCUCGUUAAAAUCACCAAAGUCCAGGACGACGACUCCACCCUAGUUUUCGUAAAGAAUGAAAUGGUGAAAGUUCUCCUCAAAAUAUUCUCAUCCGCCCUCACCGCUGCCAAACUCUCUCAACGACGGCGUGUAGUGGAACCCAUCUCAUCAUAUUCUCCAUACCCCGACCAGAAGAAGCGGAGAUCUGUCGACCAGCUCUGCGAACCAGACUAUGCCUCCUCCUCGUCCUCUUCGAGUGGUGAGAGUGGGGAGGAAAGUCUAGGAUCCGACUUCCGGGAAGGGGACAGCAGAAAGUGCAUGCCAACAUUAAAAGAACUCUCCUCCCUGCACCGCUCCAAAGGCAGAACACCUACUCACCCAAGUCGACUAGGUCACGAACCCGUGGCUACGAGACUUCAUCACAUCUUUACUUUGGCAGUGUCAGAGGUGGCCAAUUUUGAGAAACACAUGCCCACCAACAAUCGCUUUCUCGAUGAGUCCACCAUCUCCAUUUCUGACUUUGAGUGUAGCCUAUGCUAUCGACUGAUCUACCAACCUGUUACCACCAUCUGCGGUCACACCUACUGCAGGAGUUGUUUGGAGCGCUGCCUUGACCACGCCCCCACUUGUCCCCUGUGCAAAACGGCGCUGGAUUCCUGCGUGGCGUAUCGUCGACACGCGCCGACCCACACGUUAGAACAGUUGAUAUCCAGAGUAUACCCCAAAGAAUAUGCGGACCGGAUCAACCAGCACUUGGAGGAGUUGGCGGACGGGAGCCUGUGUGGGAAAAACAAGGAGACGGAAAUUCCGAUUUUUGUUUGCACCAUGGCAUUCCCCACGGUUCCGUGCAUGCUUCACGUAUUCGAACCUCGCUAUCGCCUCAUGAUUCGACGAUGUAUGGAAGCAGGGAGCAAAAGGUUCGGAAUGUGCUGCUACUUGCAAGAUGGGGAUCACAACUAUGGGGAUUUUGGAACAAUGUUGGAGAUCCGAAACAUUCAGUAUUUUCCUGAUGGACGCUCCGUCGUCAACACGGUGGGCGUCCGGCGGUUCAAGGUACUCAAAAAGUGUAUAAAGGAUGGCUACAACGUUGCUACUAUUGAGUUCCUUGAAGACAAACCAGUCGAAGAGGUGGACAGAAGUCGCUUACGGGAGUGUCAUGAGAACGUGUUUAAGGAUGCUAACGACUGGCUGCAGUCUAUCGACGCAGUAAUUCGUCAACGAAUCAUUACUCACUUUGGAAACAUGCCCUCCCCUGAAGAAGACUGGAUGAAUGUUGUGGGAGGACCAGCCUGGACGUGGUGGUUACUCGCGAUUCUUCCACUCGACGCCAAGGCUCAGUUAGCAAUUUUGAGUAUGAAUAGUCUACACAAGAGAUUAGAAAGUAUCCAGAAAGUACUGCGCUAUGUGAAAACAAGGCUGACGUAAUUCUUAACCAAAAAUAUGAAGUACAUACAUAUAUAGUAUAAAAAUAUUGUAUGUUUUAUCAUCAUGGCGGCGAAUAGUACAUCACUAUUUGGUAUUAGUUUGGAGCAUUCUCAUGUCUUUUUAUUAUUAGCUGUAGCAUUAGUAUUGUGUUUGUGUUUUGUGUCCGACUGACUGAUUAGCGCUGAUGAGUAUCAAGAGUGACCUGUUGUGGGUUGAGCCUACAUUUAUUAUUGCCACAUUGUAGUAGUAAUUGUAUAUCCUUUUAAACAUGUCAAUUUCUCAGUAAGCUUUUAAUGGUGGAUUGUACGGUUAGUGAAUGUGGGUGGUUGUCGUCGUCAAUGUUUAGCCUUGGCCAAAGUGUAAAAAAAUAUAUUUCCAGGAUUCUGUCUGAUGAGAGCAAUUUACGAAUGAAAUAUUCUUAUGCUAUGCGUGUGGAAUGAUGAUAACGAAAAAAAAACGAAUAAUCCGACUCCAAAAUUUUUAAAAAUCACUGAAUCUGUACCUGCAACACUUUUGCUACGCAAAUAAGACUGUUCAGUAGAAAAACUUUCAAUCUAUGACCUUGAAAUGUGGCACUUGUUCUAUACUUUUGCGUACCUGUGUGUGACCGACCUACCCGGAAGGAACAACUGACUGCUAUCUGGCUAGAGUUACAUAUAGUUGUAGCACAGAUGACCAUAUGCUUGAACGAAUUUUACUCUGAUUAUGCAAUAGGAAGAUUUAUUAUGCAACAUAAUUUUUGGCACUUACGUUCCACUAUUUUAUCUUUUACGUAAUCGUAGGUGUGAACUUGAGUCAAUCUGAGAGAAAGAAAGGAACGUGAUAUUCCGGGUUAUCGGUCGAAAUGUAGUUUGUCGGCGAUGACCGGAUUAAAAAAGAGGCAUUCAUCUAGUCGAUCAGCCUCUGUAUCAUUGUGAUAGUAUUUAAGGUAGUCUUGAGUCUUGCAAAAAAUGUGACAUACAAAUAUUUAUAUAACAUCUCAGAAAUAUUUAUGUUCCAAUUGAAUGUCUCCAUGACUUGAUUAUGAACUGUAUAUUUGUUUCAACAAUAAAAAUUUAACAAGCUUUUAUCCUAA